GCUGCAAUCUACCACUGUGACCUUUGAACCUUACAGCGAUAUCGGCAUUCUCACGUCUUGUCAGACACCGCUAGAUUUCUUCAGUUUUCUGUUGCUAGAACUAGUAGAAGAAUAAAGUCACGAUGCCUUCCUUCGUUCUGAAGACAAACCUGGCUCGUAGCGCCAUCCCAAAGGACUUUGUGACGGAGACGUCCAAGCUUAUCGCUGAUAUUUUAGGAAAACCUGAAGGGUACGUCUGUGUGUGCGUGGAAGCGGAACUCCUGAUGUCGUACGGAGGGACGGAUGCACCGUGCUGUAUCGUUAACUUGUUGAGCAUCGGGAAACUGGGGCUGGAGGAGAACAAGAGCCACACGGCGGCGAUCUGCGAACACGUCAAGAAACACCUCAACAUACCUGGCGACAGGCUCUACGUCAACUUCCACGACAUGGCAAGGCAGGAUGUCGGCAGGGACGGCACGACCUUCGCACGCUAGAGGUCACGGCAGACUUACCGACAAGAGUAGGGGUUUGCCACGGUGUGUGCUGAGCAGAGUUGUAUAAGACAUCACAGCAGGCUCAUGACUAAGAUGUUGUACACAUUACAAGUAGUGUCAGUAACUUCUGAUUUUCUUGUGCCAAAUAAAUACCAUAAUCAUUGACAACUGUUGGAUGGACUAGCAUGUUUAAGAAGAGGCUCUUUUGAACCAAAAUCAGGGAACAGAUGCAUUGUGAUCAUUUUGGAUUGAUGUUUUUGUUGUUGUUAGUAAACAUGUCUUGUUUGUGCUGAUCAGAUGUUGUGUUUUGUGUUGACAUCACAAUAAACAAUGUUUCUGGUCAUUGUU